GCAGGAUUCGACUUUUUCCUUCCUGCGCGGUCUAACCUUUUUCUCUGGGUGUACAAUUGGAUUUGCUUGGUUUUGAUAUUUGCCCAUCCUUCCUUUCCAGCUAGGAAGGGUGACGAUUCCCUCCCCGCCUCUUCCACAGCUCACUCGACCGCGCCUAUCACUGCUCCUUGACCUCAACCGUGGCUUCUCGCAGACUUAUCAGCGCCGUAGCUGGUUUAACACGGACCUCGCUCCUGGUAUUCUCCUACAAGGCCUCACCUGUUACAUCGUUCUGCAAGAUGCCUCCGAAACAGGCAACGCUGGGGAAAUUCUUUGGUCGACCUAGUAGCACAAAAGCCCCGACUAAACAGUCAAAACUUUCGUUCUCGUCCAAACCCAGCGCAAAGGAUGAGCCCCCUAGCUCAAGUUCAACCAAACAGAACGAAGAUAUAGAGAUGCACGAUGAAGGCGGCUCCGAUACAGAGAUCAAACCCAAAGCUGAGAAGGAGGAGGACGUCGAUAUGAAGGAGAAUGUGAAGCCUGGGAAGGAGACGAGGAAGCGAACAAGAUCUCCUUCACCAAAAGCUCUUCUAAAAUCAGAGAUGCCAAAUGCGGACCAGAAAGUCAAGUCGGAAGAGGAGGACGAUGAUGAUGAACCUGUGGUCAAGCGAGUUCGCCGUAAUGGCAAAGCAGAUAAAGAAGACACCAAGCUUUUAAAGACCGAGCCCAAUAUUAAAGCUCGACCGGAAUCUAAGGAAUCCAGGCGCAUGCCUUCACCCACGAAACCUGCGAAGGAUAAUGAACAGGAAAUUGAAGAGAUCAGUUCGUCAAAAGCGCCUCUAAAGAGAAGGGACUCCAAUGCGUCCUCCUCUGUGUCAGAAGCAGAAGAAGACAUUGAUGAAGAGGAAGACGAGGAGGAAAAACCAGAAGUUGCUGCCAAGGCUCGUGAGAAGAUGCAGACAACACUGAAGUCGAAGGACAAAGAUCCAUACCCGGAUUGGAAACCCGGAGAGCCCGUCCCGUACGCAGCUCUCUGCACAACAUUCUCCUUGAUCGAGAUGACCUCGAAGAGACUCAUUAUGACGUCUCAUUGCUCCCUAUUUCUCCGGCAGGUUCUUCGCUUAACACCUAAUGAUCUUCUUCCCACCGUCCUCCUCAUGAUAAACAAGCUUGCUGCGGACUACGCUGGCAUUGAGCUUGGUAUUGGUGAAUCUUUAAUCAUGAAAGCAAUUGGUGAGACAACUGGUCGAAGCUUGGGAGUCAUCAAGCAAGAUCAGAAAGAAAUUGGUGAUCUUGGCCUUGUAGCUGUUAAGAGCAGGGCAAACCAACCUACAAUGUUCAAGCCGAAACCAUUGACUAUCAGGGGCGUUCAUAAGGGUCUGAUAGAUAUUGCUACUAUCACAGGCAACGGGGCCCAGCAACGCAAGGUCGAUGGUAUCAAAAAGCUACUCUCAGCAGCUGAUGGGCACAGCUCUGGAAAGGUCGAUAUUACGAAGGACAAGGGCGGUCCUAGUGAGGCGAAGUACAUUGUACGAUUUCUUGAGGGCAAGCUUCGUCUUGGAUUAGCUGAGAAGACUGUGUUGGUAUCACUCGCACAAGCAAUGGUCUGCCACGAGAUUGAGUCAAAGGGAUCUGGAAAGGUACCGAGCACUGAGAAAUUGGCCGAAGGCGAAUCAAUCCUCAAGGCAGUAUACAGUUCACUUCCCAGCUACGAAGUCAUCAUUCCGGCAAUGUUAGAACAUGGCAUCUUCAAUCUACGCGAUAAAUGUAAACUCCAGCCUGGCGUUCCACUCAAGCCCAUGUUAGCCAAGCCGACGAAGGCCAUUACGGAAGUACUCGAUCGAUUUGAGGGUCAGACAUUUACCUGCGAAUAUAAAUAUGAUGGAGAGAGGGCACAGAUCCACUACGUGGCCAAGGACUCUCCUCAACAGUAUCGUGGUGCUGAACCAGCCGCUGCGAAGACUCCUACCGGCGGAAUUGCGGCAAUAUUCUCCCGCAACUCGGAAGAUCUGUCAAAGAAAUACCCUGAUAUCUUGUCUAAACUGAAUACUUGGGUCAACACCGACACUAAAAGCUUCGUCCUUGAUUGCGAGACUGUAGCUUGGGAUCUGGUGGAGAAGAAAGUUUUACCUUUCCAACAACUUAUGACUCGAAAGAAGAAGGAUGUCAAGAUUGAAGAUGUAAAGAUCAAAGUUUGCGUCUUCGCAUUUGACCUUCUAUUCCUGAAUGGCGAAGCAGUGGUAGAGAAGUCUCUCCGGGAACGUCGCGAGCUCCUCCAUAGUGCAUUUACCCCCGUUGAGGGUGAGUUCCAGUUUGCUACGAGUAUGAACGGCCAAGAAAUCGACGAAAUCCAACAAUUCCUCGAUGAGAGUGUCAAGGCCUCUUGCGAAGGUCUCAUGGUCAAGAUGUUGGAUGGGCAGGAGAGCGGUUAUGAGCCCAGUAAACGAAGUCGAAAUUGGCUCAAGAUCAAGAAAGACUACCUCUCCGGCAUUGGCGAUUCUCUCGAUCUUGUGGUCCUAGGUGCAUACUAUGGCAGAGGCAAGCGUACAUCGGUAUACGGUGCGUUCCUGUUGGCCUGCUACAACAGCAACACCGACACCUACGAAACCGUCUGCAACAUCGGGACCGGGUUCUCCGAAGCUGUACUCGAGGAACUCCAUUCCCAGCUCAAAGAAAUUGUCAUCGACCGCCCCAAACCCUUCUAUUCCCACUCCUCCGGUAACCAACAUCAGCCCGAUGUGUGGUUCGAGCCGAAAUACGUCUGGGAAGUGAAGACGGCGGACCUGACCCUGAGUCCCAGAUACAAGGCUGGCUGCCACGAGGGAGUUGAUCCGAGUGGCGAGAAGGGGAUAAGUCUGCGGUUUCCAAGAUUUAUCAAGGUGAGGGAUGACAAGAAACCCGAUAUGGCGACGAGCUCAAGGCAGGUGGCGGAGAUGUAUAGGAAGCAGGAGAGCGUGGCAAAGAGUAAAGGCCCCGCGGUGGAUGAUGAUUUCGAGUACUGAAUUGGGGUUCCAUAAAGCAUUAGGGGGUACCUACCUAUAGGGAUACUGCUUAGGGUUUAGCAAGGAAGGCGUUCU